AUGAUUAAAGACCAAUGUCCUGAUCCUGAGAGAAAACUAAAGAAGAUUUACGAGAGGAUUGCUUUUAUUUCAAAGAGUGAAGAAGAUACAUAUUUCAUGAAGCAUAUCCGUAUUAGCCAUCAGCUGCAGAAAGUCAAACGCCUUCAGCUUGAAAUUACAACAUUGGCUGCAAUAGGUUGCUUCAAAAAAAGGAAUGGAGCAUGCAGAGGGUACACUGAAAUCCUGGAGACACCAGAGAAGAAGCUUGAUGAUAAAGUCCUGGAGACACCUGAGAAGAAGCUUGAUGAUAAGGCCCUGGAGACACCAGAGAAGAAGAAGCUUGAUGAUAAGGUCCUGGAGACACCUGAGAAGAAGCUUGAUGAUAAGGUCCUGGAGACACCAGAGAAGAAGCUUGAUGAUAAAGUCCUGGAGACACUGAGAAGAAGCUUGACGAUAAGGUCCUGGAGACACCUGAGAAGAAGCUUGACGAUAAGGUCCUGGAGACACCUGAGAAGAAGCUUGACGAUAAGGUCCUGGAGACACCAGAGAAGAAGCUUGAUGAUAAAGUCCUGGAGGACCCCUGAGAAGAAGCUUGAUGAUAAGGCCCUGGAGACACCAGAGAAGAAGAAGCUUGAUGAUAAGGUCCUGGAGACACCUGAGAAGAAGCUUGAUGAUAAGGUCCUGGAGACACCAGAGAAGAAGCUUGAUGAUAAAGUCCUGGAGACACUGAGAAGAAGCUUGACGAUAAAGUCCUGGAGACACCUGAGAAGAAGCUUGACGAUAAGGUCCCUGGAGACACCUGAGAAGAAGCUUGACGAUAAGAUCCUGGAGACACCAGAAAGAAGUCUGGAGACACCUGAGAAGAAGCUUGACGAUAAGGUCCUGGAGACACCAGAGAAGAAGCUUGAUGAUAAAGUCUGGAGACACCUGAGAAGAAGCUUGAUGAUAAGGCCCUGGAGACACACCAGAGAAGAAGAAGCUGAUGAUAAGGUCCUGGAGACACCUGAGAAGAAGCUUGAUGAUAAGGUCCUGGAGACACCAGAGAAGAAGCUUGAUGAUAAAGUCCUGGAGACACCUGAGAAGAAGCUUGACGAUAAAGUCCUGGAGACACCUGAGAAGAAGCUUGACGAUAAGACACCAGAGAAGAAGCUUGAUGAUAAAGUCCUGGAGACACCUGAGAAGAAGCUUGAUGAUAAGGUCCUGGAGACACCAGAGAAGAAGCUUGGUGAUAAGGUCCUGGAGACACCUGAGAAGAAGCUUGACAAUAAGAUCCUGGAGACACCUGAGAAGAAUCUUGAUGAUAAGACACCAGAGAAGUAA